AACGAGAAGUUAACGAUUGCUAAAUAGGAGUUCAUGAUUGUAAAUUGGAUUGAAUGAUUGGUAAAAUAAUUGUGACGGAUUACCAAUCAGACAUCCCCUCUCUCUCUCUAUGGGACUUGCAACGGCAUGACGUAUAAACUGCUGCGUCUGACUUGGACUGGUCAUUCGCUCGUCUCGACUGCUCGGUACACGAUGUCGUCUGUUGACUCUGCGCUCGUGAUGCACCUGCUGCAUCUCUGUCUGCUGGCCGGAAUCUCGACAUGUGCUCAGCCUUUCAACUACGAGGCAAUGCAAACCGGUACCGGUGAAAGAAACAUGGCUGAAGGAGUGAGAGGACAGCAACCCGCUAGAGAGACCGAGGAGGUCUCGGUACCGUCGAGCGGAAGGUGGAAACGAGGUGGUACUCCUAGGGAGUAUCGUAUUUCUGUUCUGAAGCAACAUCUAGUGGUCAAAGUGACCGGUGGCUGCAGAGUGAUGGGCUCGAACGCCGUAAUUCAGACCGUCGACAAUGGAACCGUCACUUCUGCCGUCUUUGCGGAUAGGAUGCCUGAAUAUUGCUAUGAAGGCCGAACACGAAGCCCCCAACCGUUCAGAGUCAUCCUGACGUCAGUGCACCACGUCGUGACCGGAAUUGCUGUCACCGGGCAGGAUGUAGUUUUCUUCAGACCGCUGCCGGAUCAACUUUCGCACACUCAAUCGACUCACCGCAUCCAUCGUCGCGCGACAUCUUCCGGCAGCCAUUCGGUUUCCAGUGGCCGGAGCAGUUGGUGUAAUGAAGCUAGCCGGAAUGAAUUGAAGGACGUUCAUCUUGUUCCUCAUCUUAAGGUUUUAGUGGUCGUCGAUAAGUUGACAGCCGACAGACACGACGGUUCCAUAGAAAACUACGUGCAGACCGUGAUGAGCAUUGUUCAAGUGCUGUUUAGUAAACAAACAGCGGGAUCCGAACUCAAUCUGUCAGUUGUGAGGCUUAUCGUUCUGCGUGAAAACCUGAAGGAACUCUCUCCCAAUGAUCGUGCACGCAAUACCCUUCGGGAGUUUUGCAAGUGGCAAAAGACGUUGUCCUCUCCGACUCGUCACAAUCUUGCCAUUUAUCUCACGGGACAUGACUUGUGCAGCGGCUCCACUUGUGACUUAGAAGGACUUUCCACUGUCAACAGCAUCUGCAGUUCGUCCGCGAGUUGUAUGCUUGUUGAAGACCGAGGCUUGAAAUCCGCCUUUACGAUUGCUCAUCACAUUGGCAGAGUUUUCGGACUGAACCAAGACGGUCGAAUGAACAAUUGCUCUGUGAGUAAAGGUCAUAUCAUGUCGCCUUCGCCGGGAACGGCCAAUAUAUUUCGAUGGUCGAGAUGCAGCAAACUCGAACUUGCAGCAUCUUUACGGAACGCGACUUGUCUCAACGAAGCAGAUUUUCUUAAUCGUGUCGAGCACGUUCUACCGGGCAAAACUUACAACGCAUCACAGCAGUGCCAAUUGUUUAGAUUACAUCCUGGCGUUGUUCGCGCUUGCCCUCACUUUUACGCCCAACAGGGAAUUUGCGGUAGUUUGUGGUGCCAAGACGAUCAUAAUUCUGGUUGUGUAACGACUAAUACACCGGCAGCCGAUGGUACACCUUGCGGUCAUGGAAAUAUUUGUAUGAGAGGUUCGUGUGUUGAUGCGAAUUGUGGCGGAACGUCACCAUCUGGUUCCGGCAGUUGUCCGAGAGUGGCGGAAGGACAGUCUGUGGAGAUAAGUCGAGUGUCCGAUGAUAACAACAGUUAUAUGCGAUGGGAGAUAACGGGGAGAGACAAAAUCCGUCUGCACGGAACGAAGUUGUGCGUCAUAUCUGCUACACCACGACACAACAAAACGGCCGACCUGACAUUGGGCAUUUGCAUUGGAGAAGUCGGUGGUAACUUCUUGCGUUAUAACUCAUCAAAGAGUAUUAUUACACAAAAGGCAACUCAUCGUUGUCUUACUGUGACAAAUUCUGGGCUCCUACUCACACCUUGUGGUGGUCAUUUUCGAAAACAACAAAAGUGGGGGUUUCGUUCAUCUAUAGGACACGUCGUGUCUCUGUUUGUACGUCAACAGCUUUCUGUAUGCGGUUGAAGUGAAGGUCACUCGACAUCUGUACAGCCGUACGUUCUUAGCACGACGGUCUUACCCUCUAGCUUUACGGAGCUUCCCGUGGAAAAUGGAAGAGUCCGACUUUCUUUUUCUUUUAUUAACACUGUUGAACGGUAAUUCUUAAGAGUAGAUAGAAAAUAGUUUCAGCGAUAUUGUUGUGCAGUUGAAAUGUUAUAGUAUAUAUAUAUAAAUUAGUAUAUAGUAGUAUGUAUAAAGUAUAUAUAUAUAUAUAUAUACAUAUAUCACACAGGGUACGGUAGUACCCUGUAUGUAGGGAUUGCCCAGGUUUUGAA